AUGACGAAAUUGUCUCGACUGAUGCCUGGACGCAGGUAUGGAUCAGUUUUAAGUAUUGACCAAGAAAGAUUGGUCGAGCAAGCGGAACAUCUACUCACCGAAGAGCAACUUCUCUCCAUCCUCAAAAGGUGGCAUGAUCAGACUGAGUUAGACCCCAAAAAAAGUUCCGAUUGUGACAAAGGGCCUUCAAAUGCCAAAGGAAAAGAACACGACCACAGGAAUUGGGGAAUCCUGGCCAAAUCUCAAAUUGACAUCGCAGAACAACAGUCAGCACUAGAUGCGUGGAAGAAGGCACAACAAUGGGCCCACCAAGAGCACCACAGACCUACUGCUAGGAAAAUAAAUGUCAGCACAAAUAAGAAUGCAAGGGCUCCUCAGAACAAAAAUGUAGCCGAGUCCUAUGAUACUCAAAUAAAAGACACACGGCGACAACUGAAAAAGCUGAACGUUUGA